AUGGCCAACGAGGUGAAGGUUGACGUGCUGCCUGGUCCAUUUUUGGAGCUCGGCGAAGGGCCGCACUGGGACGUCGAGUCCCAGAGUCUGUACUACGUGUGUAUCCUGACCAGCACGCUGCACCGGUAUGACUGGAAGGAGGGCAAAACCUACUCGGCGUCGAUUGAGGGCAGUACCUAUGCGUCGUUCGUCAUUCCGGUGAAGGGACGCCGGGGUGAGUUCGUCGUCGGCAGUGGGAGGAGGAUUGUGCUGGUCAGCUGGGAUGGCCGGUCGGAGCGAGCCACGCUCGGGAAGGUGCUGGCCGACCUGGGCGAGGAGGAGACCGACCACCGGUUCAACGAUGGCAAGGUGGACGCCCAGGGGCGACUGUACGCCGGAACCAUGCUGGCGGAGGACUCCCGGAACCACUUCGAGAUGGACGACGGCAAGCUGUACCGGCUGGACGGUGGUGGACAAAUAGUGCAGCUCAAGAGCAAGGUACACAUCUCCAACGGGCUGACCUGGAGUGUGCGGACAAACAAGUUCUACUAUAUCGACUCGUUCGCAUUCGACAUCAAAGAGUACUCGGUCGAUGCGGCCGGCAAUCUGGCCGACGAGCGGGUGCUGAUAAAGUUGAAGGAUGACGAGGCAUCGACGGAGUUCAUUGCGGACGGCAUGACGAGCGAUGCGGACGGAAACCUGUACGUGGCCGUGUUUGCCGGCUCGAAAAUCAUCAAGAUUAAUCCAGAGACGGCCCAAAUCGUUCAAGAGAUCCCGUUGCCCGUUGCCCAGGUUACCUCCGUGGCGUUCGGUGGACCUAACCUGGACAUCCUCUUCGCAACGACGGCCGCCAAGGAGCUGACCACGCCGCAGGAGCCACCGGCCGGUGCCCUGUUCCAAAUCACCGGCCUCGGAGUCCGGGGCACCCCGAUGCACGAGUUCGUCCUGCCUGCGUCGUCGGCCUGAUCUUCCCGCUGUUCCCGCAGAAGUUAA